GCCAUACAAAGAAAAUCAGCAAAUAAUUUUGCUUUCUGUCUACUUGGAAAAAAUUUGCAGUCAUUUUUUUUCUAAUUUAGUUUGCGAAGGAAUUUUAGCGUUAUGGUGUUGAAAAAAAAGUUGAUUAUUUAAUAUGCAAACGUAAUUUUUCUACAAAAAUUUUAUACAAUUUAUAAUUAAUAAGUUAGCUAUGUAUAUCUAAGCAUUUUUAAAAUAUAAUUUGGGAAAAAAUCAAUAAGAAAAAUUUAUUGUGAAUAUAAAAUGAAUUUCGUUGGUACAGUAUAGGCUAGGCAAGUGUCAGAAAAAUUUUUUCAAACAAGAAAAAUUAUGAAAAAAUUCUGAUGAUCUCAUAAUAUUUUGUGCUUAUUGGUGCAAGGACCCUUUUAAAAGUGAUUUUGUUUUUUUUUUCGAAUGCAAUAAAUUCAACAAAAAAAAAAUUUUAAGUGCUUACUAAAUUCUAAAUGCUUGUAUAAUUUUUUUUAUUAUGAAACAACUUAAAAUUUAUAUAAGAAUGUAUGUACAAUAUAAAAAAAUUUGACAAUAAUUAGGAUAAAUCCUGCAUUUAAGCGUAUAAAUAUAAGAAAAAUGAAGAAGCAAUUUAAUAAAAUUAAAGCAGUAGCUGAAACGCAUUUAUCAAGAUCUUCUCGUUCAGAUACAAAAGAUGAAGAAAUUACAAAGAUUGAAAAACAAGUAGAAAAAUAUAAGGAUGUUUUGGAAAAAAUACAUAAAAAAAUUAUCCCAUCAUCUGGAGAUCAGGAAAGAGAUAAAAGAAUUAAAAAGGUCCAUGAAUUCAAAUUGGGACAAGCACUUGAAGAAUCAUCGAUUCAAUUACCAAAUGAUUUGGUGCUAUGUAACAUUCUGAAAAAAUGUGGUGAGUUAGAAAAGGAAAUUGCUAAAAAUGCUAUUGAUACUGAAAUUGAAACGGAUGAAAAAGUAGCGAAACAAUUGAAAAUUAUCCUUGAGAAGGAUAUUCAAGACAUAGCAACACAUAGAAGAGCUGUGUCUCGAUAUUUAAAUGAAUGUAGCUCUAUAAGAAAGGCUUGUGAUAAUCCUCGCAAUGAUGAUGCCAAAUUAAAACAGUUGAAAUCUGAUUUAGAAGAAUGGGAAACUAAAUUAGAAAAAGAACGUGAUUCAUAUGCUGCUCAAAUGUUUGAAUUAAUUGCGAAAGAUGAAGAAAUUGGCAAAUGUAUAAAAACUUUAAUGGAAUGCCAAAGGAAUUUUUAUGAAAGAUCCCUAAAACAAAUUGAUUCAAACUUAGAUGAAAUUAACAGUCAUAUCGAAAAUUGUAAAAAAAAAAAGAUAUUCGGUGUACCACUUAAAGAUCAUUUAAGUUCGACUGGUCGUGAAAUAUCAUAUGUAAUUGAAUUAUGUUGUUUAAUAUUACUAGAACGGGGCCUUAAUGAAGAAGGUCUAUUAAGAGUUAAUUGUGCUGGAACAAAAUUGAAAAGAUUUAAAAAUGCUAUAGAUGCUCAAUAUGCAAUACCACCAUUACAGCAGGAUUAUCAAGAUGUUCAUUUAGCGGCAUGUGUUUUAAAAUCUUAUCUGAGAGAAUUACCAGAACCAUUAUUAACCUUUGCUUUGUAUGAGCAAUUUUUAUCUGCAGCACAACGUUCAACAAUAGCUGAAAGAAAAAGUGCUAUUAAAAAUGCUGUGAAUCAAUUACCGAAAGAAAAUUAUGAUAAUUUAAAAUAUUUGACAAAAUUUUUAUGGCAUUUUUGUCAACAUAGUGAUAAAAAUAAAAUGACAUCGCAAAAUAUUGCCAUAGUUAUGUCACCAAAUAUACUUUGGCCACCAGAUUCAUCAAAGGAUAGUCAAACAUUUUCAUUGCAAGUGUCUAGUUCAGCAAAUGUAAAUACCAUAGUUGAUCUUUUAGUCAGUGACUGGGAUUUCUUUUUCAAUGGCGCGGAAGUAGAGUUCGCAUUGAUGAUAAAAGAUAAAUUAUUUGCAGACGAAAUAUCUAUUAGCAAUAUUAAUCAUAAUACCAAUAGUCAUACAAUGAUGUCGUCUAGUAUAAUAAAUGAUAGUCAGCAAAUAGGUAAUGAAAUACAACCACAAUCAACAAGCAGUCAGCAAAAUCAAAACCCGACAAUAGGCUUUCAAACACAUUCAAGAAGCAGUAGUCAUGAUACUAGUCGUAUUUUAAUAGGAGUAACAGAUAGUGCAUCGAUUGGCCGUAGUCAUUCCAAUGAUUCUUUAUCAGACGCUAGUCCAUCACAAAGUGGCAGCCCUAAAUUAUUACCGAGACGAAAGCACAACAAAGCUUCUGCUCCAACACCCCCACACACUGUAAACAAAAUACCUCCAUCAAUAACUUCUUCGACAAGCACAAAUUCGUCUUUAACUCAAAACGGAAAUCAUCAGAUUAGUGUGUCAAACACGCAAUCGACACAAAAAUGCGAUGGAACUUCUCAAACUGUUUAUGCAUCAGAAAAAAAUCAAGUCAAACCCGAUAAACCACCGCGGCCUGCAAAUCAACCAGUUGACUCUUUUACUUUAAAUAGGGCAACCUAUAAAAAUCGGUCGAAUGAAAAAAUUCCUCCAAAACCUGUUGCAAUGCCUAGAACUAUUUUAAAUAUUACAAAAAGUACUGAAAAUUUGUCGAUCACGCCUAUCGAAGAAACUGCGCCAACUAUAUCACAGCAAAGUAUAUUAAGAGAAAAACCUGAAAUACGUGAAAAGCCCUCAAUACCUGAAAGACCGGUUACCCUUAUGCGGCCAACAAGUUUUCGAGCUGAUAACGCAUUUCAAUCUGAGUUUAAUCGACAUGCCGAAAAUUUAGUUUCUUUAAAUGGUAAUUCAUCACAAACAAGUAACAAUAGUAAUAGCCUGGAAAGUAAUAAUGCUACGACGUCCAUAAAAAAGGCUUCAAGCUUUAGGAUGAACUCAUCCGGAUCUCCAGCAAGCUCAAACGCACAAAAUAACAACAAUAACAAUGCCAAUGGUACUUCUGUAAAAAGUUUAAACAGUAAUUUAGCUAAUAGUACGAAUAGUUUAUGCUCGACUAAUAGUUUAUCUAGUUGCCCAAAUAACAGCGGCGGUAACCAUGUAACUACUUUAGAACGUGCUCAGUUUUAUAGUGUUGAUAAACAACAAGUUGCUAUUAUUGAUGUGGGUACAACAGGCGAAACAACAAAAACUACAUCCACACCCUCUUCAGUUACAAGUAAUAAUACAUCAACCGGUUGUACAUCAGUCACACCAAAACCUAAGCCUACAAAAUUAUUUGAAAAUUCUGCAACUUUUGCUGAUAGUGCAAUAUCAUCAACAAAGGAUUUUAUACUUAUGGAAACUGGUGCAACUAACUUUAUAUCUAAUAACACUUCAAAUAACACAAAUUGCCAAACAACUAAUACAACAAACUCUACCACAACUACGACAACACCAACCAAUCAAGUGCCAAUUUCACCGCGUGGUUUAAAUCAAAAUAUUAAAAGACCCCAAGUACCAGCGCCACCUCCACCAACAAAUCGACGAAAGUCUGAUGGUACUUUAGGUGAUUCUACGCAUUUAUAAAAAAACAAGAUAACUUUUUAAUCGAACAAAUUUUAGAAACAAAAUAAAAUUUAAUUUUUUUUAUUAAUUCAAUAUUUGAAAUGUUAAGUUUCCUUCUAAGUUUUGCGUUUUAGUUAUUAACUCAAAAUUACAUUUUUAUUUUUUUUAGAAACUUUGGAAUAGUAUUGUUAUGUUUUAUAUUGUUAAGUGAAUUACCUAAGGUUAUCACUAUUUCUGUGCUUUUUAACAUUUAAAAAAUAAAUUAAAUCGAAAAACA